AGUCGCUUUUGACAACACAACAAAUUACCCACAUCCGAACAAACGCCCGUUUCCCUCGUCUUCUAGUUCUUCCUACCUGCCUACCUAUAUCUCUCCCAUUCGCCACCGUCACACGCCUCUUUCCUCCAUCGCCCUCCUCCGCAAGGUCAUAUUUUUUUUCCUCAGAUCGACCCAUUGAUUCUUCGGUUGGCAGAAAAUAAUCAAUUCCUUCUUUGACAUUUCUAAUUAGCCCUAACUUGUGCGGUCAAUUCUGCCCAUUUCUCGAUCGAAUUCGAAUUUGAAUUGAAUUCAAACCCUAGUGUUGCAAUACCCCCCGUAAAGAUAUCAAAGGAUUCAAAUCCCGGCGAGUUUUCAUCUGGGUCGAUGGCGGAUCUCCAAAAUAAGGUCGAAUUGGCGGGUAAGCCCAAACCCACCUACUUCUUCAAUCGAUCACUUAGCAUGUACCCAACCCCCAUGGAUGCCCCCCAAAAGCCCCGUUUCCAGGCCUCCAUCGAUUACCAGGCCAAUUCUUUCAAGAAAUUCUACAAUUCCAUCGAGACGGUGCGGUCCGCCAGCAGCUCCUUCAAAGGGAAGGUCAAAAAGCUCUGCAGUUUUUUCGAGACGGAGAAACCCGUGUCACGAAACCCCGACGAGUCUAAAUCCCUGACGGUCAAGCUACGACCGUCGAAAUCAAUGGCCUUGUCGAAAUCCAUGGCGCCCGAUUUUCGGAUCCUGUCAAUACGGUUGCCAGGCACCGAUGAUCGGAUAGUGGUGUAUUUCACGAGUUUGAGAGGAGUUCGGAGGACAUACGAGGAUUGUUAUGCUGUGAGGAUGAUAUUCAGAGGGUUUGGGGUUUGGGUUGAUGAGAGAGACAUAUCAAUGGAUUCGGCGUAUCGAAAAGAGUUGCAGAGCGUUCUGGGUGAGAAGAGUGUGAGUUUGCCACAAGUAUUUAUAAGGGGAAAGUAUGUGGGAGGUGCUGAGGUGAUCAAACAGCUGUUUGAAACCGGUGAAUUGGCGAAAAUACUUCAAGGGAUUCCCACUCGGAAACCCGGGUAUGUGUGCGAAGGUUGCGGGGAUGCGCGGUUCGCGCCUUGUGUGAAUUGCAGUGGGAGUAGGAAGGUGUUUGAUGAAGAUGAAGGAAUGCUCAAGAGGUGCUCCGAAUGCAAUGAAAACGGUUUGAUUCGAUGUCCUGAUUGCAGUUGCUGAAUUGUCAAAUGCCAGUUUGCUGCAUACUCUAGACGCUCCGCUGUUCAUAAAUAAAUACUCGAGAAUAGUUGAUGGUAAUGCUUAAUGAUUUGUGGUUUUUUUUUUUUUUUUUUCGGUUGGCUGAUUGUGCAUCUUUAGGGAAUGGAUGUUCAUUCACUCGUUGAACUGCAUUUUGAAUAAUAGGGUUAUUAUCGAAAUGCAAAUUAGUAUGGGUACGUCUGAUUGUAUUAUACAGUGGGGAGAGGUCUUUCUGCCCUCCCUAAUGCUAAUGUAAAUAAUUAGUAUUCCACUAUCACUGCAAAGGGUUGCAAAACUAUGAAAUGUAUUGAGAUUGGAUUUAUUUAUGUGUUAAUUAUCCACUCUUGAAUUUCUUUUGCA